UGAAGUUUGGAGCGCUAGUUGCAAUAUGUGUGCUACACGGUCUGCAGUUCGUGAAUCUGAUUCAGACUCGAGGGAUUUCAGAAUUUUCAGUGUCAAGAGACUUUCAUACUUUAAGAUACCAUCGGAAUUUAGAGAGGGUAGAUGUCGUAGUGUUGCUGAAUUUGAAAAGCUAAACCGCAUAGGUGAAGGGACAUAUGGCAUUGUCUACCGUGCUCGUGAUACUGUAUCAAAAGAGGUGGUGGCUCUGAAGAAAGUUCGAAUGGAAAAUGUUCGAGAUGGUAUCCCUAUUAGCAGUUUGCGCGAAAUCACUUUGUUGCUAAGUAUAAAGCACCCGAAUGUUGUUCACUUGAGAGAAGUCGUUGUUGGGAGGAGCUUAGAUAGCAUCUUCCUUGUUAUGGAAUAUUGUGAACAGGAUAUGGCAAGUUUACUUGAUAACAUGCCUAAUCCUUUCACCGAGUCUCAGGUUAAGUGCAUCAUGCUUCAGAUUUUCAAAGGUCUGAGAUAUCUUCAUGAAAACUUUAUAAUCCACAGGGACUUAAAAGUCUCCAACCUGUUAAUGAAUGACAAAGGUCUUGUCAAAAUAGCGGACUUUGGACUGUCACGCCCUACUCAUUCCCACAAUCCCAUGACUCCUUGCGUUGUUACAUUAUGGUACCGAGCACCAGAAAUUUUACUUGGCGAUAAAAACCAAACCAAAGCUGUUGAUAUAUGGUCAGCUGGCUGUAUUAUGGGUGAGCUUUUAUUACACAAACCACUUCUUCCUGGGAAGACAGAGGUUCACCAAUUGGAGUUAAUUAUUGAUUUGCUGGGCACUCCGAAUGAUCAAAUUUGGCCGAAUCUUUCCAAAUUACCAGCAUUGGAAAAGAUAAAUCUGAAAAAGCAACCGUACAAUAAUUUGCGUCAUACUUUCCCAUGGUUAUCAGAUGCUGGUUUGCGUUUACUAAACUUUCUGUUCAUGUAUGACCCGUCUAAACGGGCUCGGGCUCGUGAGUGCUGUCAGAGUUCUUAUUUCCGUGAACAUCCUUUACCAUGCGAACCUGAUAUGAUGCCAUCUUUUCCUCAACAUCGAUUAAAGCGUAAGAAUUCUCCUGGUGAAUAUGAUACCAAAGGUGCUAAUCCAGCCCAAGAUCAAGCUGCUGGAUUAUUUGAUGCUGCCUUCGAUAGGAUUGUGAAGAAACGUCGAGCUUAAACAGAACCAACACUAUAAAUUUUAAGAAAUUUAUUUAUAUAAUACAUUUGUGCAUUUCUAA